CACCUCUUGGGUCUUCGAGGAAUCACUUUGUCUUUAUAUGACUAUACGUUUCCACCACCGGCAACCUUAGCCCUCCCACUAUGUCCAACAGUUCUACCUCCCGGGUAAUCUACCAGUUAACAAUCUCUUAGAAACUCCACAGUCCACACGAAAACACACCACAAAAAAAACUUUUGUAUUUCCCUUUCGCCCCAACAACAGUUCGAUAAAAUAUCCGCCAUGAUCGCUCUGAGCAAGCUCGGCUCGGCACUCACCGUGGUGUUUGCCGUCUCUGUCGUAGCCAUACUCGCGCAGCUCUUCUGCGUGCUACGGAAGCGGAGAAGGAUCCAUCGGCAGAGCCUCUCCGGCGGGGAAAAUUCUAUCUACAUCCCCUCAAAGGAGCUCUUCUACUUUUUCUGCUGGAAAAACCAGUCCCGCAUCGAGCCCCAGGAAGCUCCAUCUCCCUCUCCGCCUCUCUACACGGAAGAAACGACGGAGGUGGACGACGUUUUGAAGUGGCGGGGACUAUACAUGUACGGACAGUCUAGGUUUUUGUUUACGAUCGAGGAGGAGGAGAGAGAGGGUGUGGACUCUGAGAACUGCUCUUCUUCGGAGAAAGGAACGAAGAAAUCGAAGAGGGUGAUUACGGAGGAGCGCGUUGCAGUCGUUGGGGUGUCGAGUUCGUUGCCAGUGGUGGCCGUGACGGUCGAUGUGGACGAAGCGACGCCGUUUUCGACGCCUUGUGCUUCGCCACCUUACUACACUCCUUUGCCUUCUCCUGCUCGCGAGAUGGAAUGUAGGACCUGAAAUCUGACAUGGCUGCGAAAAUAUCCCGAUGAGGAUGGUAUUUCCGGCGAUUAAAAGGUACUAUUUGUUAGCCUAGCCGUUAACAAACAAGGCCGUAAAUAUUUCCGACCGCGGGACUUGUUUAACAGUUUUGUAAUGUAUACAUCUAUAGGCCUACGACCAAAUAGGGGACAACCGCACAAAGCUCGUCCUUUUGGUUCAUUUUUGUUUUUGGUUUCUUUUCAGCAUGCUUUUUUUUUUUUUUACUGCUGAAAUGAUUAGUUUCACUGCUGCUCGUACAAAGUAUUGCUGAAAAGCAAAAGUGUGAAUAAAUUUAGUAGCCGUUGGGGGGUCUGUU